GUUCGCUUCCGCCCUUACCAGGUAGAACUGCCAGAAACAUAAAUGGAGGAAACGGGCGAGAAUUACAGUGCGUCACCCGCUAACGGUGGCGGAGACGCAGCAAUCGAGCCUGUCCCCGCAGCUGGCGUGUCUCCAGCCACCGAGGAGCCGCAGUGCGAAGCGAAACGUAAAAUUGAUGUCCUCCUAAAGGCUGUUGGUGAUACACCAAUAAUGAAGAAUAAGAAGUGGACUAUAGAGCGGACUCGUACAGUGCAAGGUCUGAUGUUCUUUAUCAAGAAGUACUUGAAGAUGGAAGCAUCAGAACAGAUGUUCAUCUAUGUCAAUCAGUCAUUUGCUCCAUCACCUGACCAAGAAGUGGGCAUAUUAUAUGAGUGCUUUGGAAGCGAUGGAAAGCUUGUUUUACAUUAUUGCAAAUCACAAGCUUGGGGGUGAAGAAGCAUCAAUUUUACAUCUUCAUGUUAUUGUUUCUGGUUCUAGAAGAACCUUAAGAAUAGCAUGCCUUAAUGUAGUCAUUUGUGGUCCAACCUACUUCGAGAAUGCUUGGAUUGUAUCCUGUUCCAUGCAAAGCAGUUUGUGAUUCGUUGACUGUAACCUUACUGUACAGAGAGAAGCAAGAUGGAUCUAGACAUAUAUCAAAUGCUUUCAACAAUUCUAAAUGUAACUUAUUUUCAUUAUUUGCUGCUUGGACAGUUCAUUUAUUUACUUUGUAGCUUUUUUUUUCUUUUUUUUUACAUUAACAUCACUAUGCUGAAGUGAAUUCA